UUGUUGAAAUCGAGAUAUUCACGUGAUUCACGUUUACUUUAAUAAAUUGAUUGCUUAAUAGAUUUAGUCCAUUGAUAUAUAGAAAGAUUAUUUAUUAUAAAAUGGGAGCAUCAUUGAUUCCAAUAUUAAUUUUUACAAUAUUUUGGGGAGUAAUAGGAAUUGUUUUACCUUUUUUUGUUCCAAAAGGUACUAAUCGUGGGAUUCUUCAGGUUAUGCUUAUGUUGACAGCUUUUACAUGUUGGUUGUUCUGGUUAUGUUGUUAUAUGGCUCAAAUGAAUCCUUUAAUUGGACCAAAACUACCUAGAAAUACAAUUCUUAUGAUGGCACGAGAAUGGAGUCAUGUUCAGUUUGCUGUAACAGAUGAGAUGUAACAGUUGAUCUUCAAUAAUUACAGAAGAAAUUAAUCAUUUAUUAUUGAUGAAUUAUUUUUUUUUGUUAAACUUUGUAAUUAGUGAAAUCAUAUUAUCAUGAUAAAAGUAAACAAUUUAAGUAGUUGUUUAUUAAAAAUUUUAGAAAUAUAUUAAAUAUUAUUACUAUUCUAUCUGAUAAAGUAAAAUAUAUUUAUUAACAAUUAAAUAUUUUCAUUUAAUACAAAACAUUAAAUAACAAUUUUAAUGUUUAAAAUGUUAUCAUAUUGUCAUCAUUAUGUAGCAGCAACAAUAAUGAUAAUAAUUAAACAAUAGCAACAUUAAUAAAAAUAAUUCAUAAUCAAAUGAAA